AUGGCUGAGGUUAUGGGUCAGCAAGGUGCAGCCCUCACAGCACCUCCAUCGCGACAAGAUAUUGUCAGCGAGCUCUUAGACGACUACACGUAUGAGGAUUCAUACGAUGCAGAAAGCGUGUCGAGUCUAGCACCUGCGUUCAAAGAGCUUCCUCCGCCACCACGUACGGACAGUCUCAGGGACCCAAAGGCAGAGGCUAUACAGCGAAUGAACACCAAGUUUCAGUUGAGAGAAGACGAUAUCUCAUCUAUUUCCUCCCAUGGCUCACGGAAUGGCUCGCUAGAUCACACACCCAGAACUCGCAUCACAUCACGCAGUCUUUCUCGCAGCGGGACACCGCCAUCGCUCAAUCUCUUCGUCAGUAACGGCGCGACAGCAUACAUCCCACCUGCGCCCCUUGUCUACCCACCAGUGCAGACUCUUCCUUCCUCGAUCAUCCCCGAUAGUAAAGAGUUGCCACCACCGCCACCGGAACGCUCUACCAAGCGAAAGGAACUCCAAGCUGCAACUAUGGGACAUACGCCUUCCAAGAGCGAGCUAGAGCGCAAUGAUUCAUUCCACUCCCAAAGUGGGGAUAAGCCCUCAGGAACGGGCCCGUCGGAAACUGCCGCCGCAGUACCAGCCAUGAAGCGGAAGGCUGUUCCUGGAUCAGGUGUCAAGAAGUUUGUCAGUCUGCUUGAACUGAACAGCGGACCUCGUGGCGGGAAGCCUGCUCCUGCUCCCACAUCUGCGCCGCGAGAAACAGGCACUCAGCAGGAGGUGGCCAGCAAGACUCCCAUCCCAAACGAGGUUUCUACCAAUGAUCAGCUACCACCCACACCACCCGAGGAGCAUUCCAUACCAUCACCGCCUCGCAAGGCUCUGGUCGGCGUUGGCUUGCCAUCAAACCCUCGUACCAAGCAACCAAUGUCACCCCUCCACACUCGCGGCAAGAGUAGCACCUGCUUCAACAUCCUGAAGGCUCAGAGACCCGCUCCCCCCGUCCCAACGACGAGGAAGGAAGUUACUACGCCUGAACCGACACCAUCACCCACGCUGAAACCGGAGAUUCGAAUGGACAAUGAGAUCUCCCCCAUCAAGCCUCUGCCAUCCCCAACCGAUGCCCGCCGGCCAUUCAGCUAUGAGGGACCUGGCUCGCACGAGCAAGGUUCGCCGAAGCAGAAGACCGAGCAGAAAGCCGGAGAAGGAGCCCAGCUCGAAGUCCACAAAGCCACACAAAGCCUCACUCCAGCGACCGUCCUCGCGACCCCAGCAUCCCAGCCCUCCCUCCCGCUCCGCACAACCACCCUCGACCCGCCAUCACCCAGCCCAUCGCUGCGCCCCUCCACCGCCCCCGCGCCACAGUCAACAUUCACAACCACGCACCCAUUCUCGUCGACCAGCACACUCCCCUUCACAACCACGCACCCGUCCUCAUCGACCAGUACACAGCCCAACGCCCAAGAGCCCAGUCCCUCCGACCCCGCCCAGCACGACCAAGGCGCACCAUUCAUCCCCCUGACCAAGCUCCCCAUCCCGCUCCCGCCCAGCCUCAUCCCGCGCAUCACGCCCUCGCAGCUGGCGUGCUACACGCGCCACGCGACCAACGUGUGGAGCAACAACUUCUUCCAGCCCACGGGCUGCAUGGCGUGCGGCGCCAACACUCCGGAGCGCAGGUUUCAGUGCACGUGGUGCCAGCUGCGUAUCUGCCGGGGGUGCAGCGACGUGCUGCGCGCCAUUCCUGGGCGCGAUCUGGGGGUGUUGCUUGAGGCGCGGCAGAGCGAGAGGGAGAGGGAGCAAGAACGGGAGAGGGAGAGGGAGAGUGAAGGUGAGGAUAGCGAGGCGGGCGAUGCGCAUAGCGGGGUUAAGGUCGUGGUGCACGGCGUUGAUCAAGAGGUGCGGGGGUACGGGGACGAGGAGGAUGGGAGCGAGGGCCGGGGACGGGGUCUGGAGAAGGUUGAUUCGCGGGAGAGGAGCGCGGGGAGUGCGCUGCGGGAGUGA